UCAAAACAAAUCUCUAGAAAAAUCUUCAGUUACGUGGGACAAGCUGACGGAAACAGUGGCGAGGGUUUCGUUCCAAGUUUUACAGAAAUCACACAAUUGUAAUGGCAUCUUACUUUGAUGAGCAUGAUUGUGAGCCGUUAAAAGACGGAGAACAACCAAAUCACAUGUUACACAUGGCGAGAUUACUGCUGGACAGUGGACUAGCAGCUGAAUGGGAUCUAGAAUAUGGCAGAAUUUUUGGAGGAGAUGGCAAAACUCCACCUGCAUCAAAGAAAAUUGUGGAAUCACUGCCUACGCAUAUAGUGACACCUACAGAGGCAGCCCUUGAACGGAAAUGUCCUGUGUGCUUGGGUCUGUUUGAUGAGGAAGACGAAGUUAAAGAAAUACCAUGCAGUCACAAGUUCCACUCCAAGUGUAUACUGCCCUGGCUAGAUAAGGUAAACAGUUGUCCUAUGUGUCGUCAUGAAUUGCCUACAGAUGAUCCUGAUUAUGAAGCAUACAAAAAACACAAGGCCAGAGCAAAACAACGAGAAUAUGAAAUGGAAGAGCUGCAUAAUUCCAUGUUUGGAUAAGAUUAUCACAGGGCUGAAGAAAUGAGAUUUAGAGGGAACUUGGUGGAAAAUGAUGGAUGUUUUUGUCACGAAACCUUAUUGGAUAUCUUGGUUGUUACACAGUCUGCAAUGCUGAAUGGAACACUUGAGUUGACACAAACUUGAAUGUUUUCUUUGAGGAAAAUGUCUGGUACUGUUUCAGUCUUGGGUCAAAAUUUUGUAAUGAUGGACAGAAAUUAGUUUACAAGCCAAGAUAUUCUUCAGAAAAUGAGGAUAGGUGCACAUCCUUACAGUGACAGAUGAACUUUGAUAAGUGUGAUUGUGUAAGGUGAAAGGACGUUAUUUAUUUAUUCUCUAUUAGAAAUGCUGUUGAUCUUUUUUUGUUAACAUCAGGAUUUAAUCAUUUUUCGAUGCAGUCUGGUAUUUACCUAUUAUCCUCAAAAUAACUUUAUCAAGAGCAGAAACAAACAUUCCCAGUAUCAAAAAAUAUGGACAGGAUAGAAUUAUAAUCAUGGACAGGAUAGGGUUAUAAUCAUGGACAGGAUAGGGUUAUAAUCAUGGACAGGAUAGGAUUAUAAUCAUGAACGAGAUAGAGUUAUAAUCAUGGAGAGGUAUUUCUGUUCAUUAAAAUCAGAUAUCCCUGGAGUUAAAAGGAAAUCUGCAGAUAAAUAGUUGUAGGUUGUGAAUAUUUUAUUGCAAAUAAAAUGUUUUAUCUGUCUAUUCA